AUGAAGCCACAAGAAAUGAAAAGUAUCCUCAACAACCUCAUCUCUCACGAAGAAGCAGAGCAGCUUUCGUUAACCAACAUGGAGGAAGAAGUCCAUGAGCACCAAAAGUACAAAAAAAAACUUAUGGAGGAGAUGACCUCAAAACCAUCAUACAACAACUACUUGACGAUGCAACAAAUCGUGUUUGAAACCAACUACGAGGCCGGUAGGAUGCUAAAAAUCAUGCAUGAAAUGAGAAAGAAACAUGAAGAGGUUAUCAAAAAACUCAAAACAAACAUCAAGGAACUUCCUAAAGACAUCCAUCCAUACUUUCAUAGAGGAUUUUUUUUUGUGUUGUUUAUCACUGAAGAUUCGUCAGCCUUAGAAAAAUUUGGAGCUGUAAUUUCUCCGGAGGUUCGCCAUUUGUGGAGGUUUGUCAGAGAGCCACUCAGGGACCGACGAUUGGAGGUUUACGCAUGUUUGAUAGCGGUUCAUUGGAGGGAGAAACAACAGUCGGCCGGUGAUGAUUUAACUUUAUUUUCCAACGACGAUUGCUACUGA